GGUUUGAAUGAAUAAGAAGGCGGUUUAUUAGUCUAAAAGACUAUUACGUGCCAUUCUCUCAACAUAAAAGACAUAUAAUUGUGUACAUGUACGAGAAACUCAAGCUGAACAAAUACGUACUAGCAAAAGCAAUUAUGAAUGAAUGUAAUAUGGAUCAUGAGAGCAUUUUGAAGAUGACCUUUUAUCAAUUAUUGUGUAAUACCGCUGGACAACUUUAACGUCGUCGGUUGUGGUUUUAGUAAAACAUCAUUCGAUAAGCUUCUUUACCUCGGGCUAAAGCAUUAGUCAGUGACAAUACAAAUACUGAGUCAGUCAUAACAUUGGCGAUGGUAGUAACCUCAAUGUAAACAAGUCCUGAAAGACCUUGAAUCACUGAAUCAUUYGGUAGCUUUGGCCGGUAAUUAGAUAAGUCAAGGCAUGUCUUGUGUCUUUGCAUUCAGUCCAUGAUACACACGCGCAAAGAGAGGGCGGAAGCAAUGGUUUAUUGUGAUUUAUAAAUAACUUUAGAUCUUUUCGCGAUAAGAAAGCAAACUUCCAAUAAACAAUAUAAUAGUUGUUUCCACAUCAUCUUUGCUUUGCCACCGAUAUCCUCUCGAUCCGAAACGUUAAACUACUCCCAUUACACAAAUAAUUUCCAUUUAAUUUACAGAAUUUUGGACACUUACAACAUACUUACAUCAAAUUUACAACAUUAAAAGCGCGCGAUUUUUUACAGUGUCAAUUAUAAGAUUGUUUUUCUGAUCGAUAAUGAACUUGCCCAACAAUAAUAAUCGUUCUGUACGCUUGUUUGCUUUAUGCGGCGUGGCCUAUUAAAAGAUUAUAAAAAAAACAAGAAUUCUUAGGGCUUGAUCUGCAGCGCGGCAAAAAUUAGCUUGAAUGAUACUUUUACACCACUUUAGUAUAGCCCUAAGUUAAGCYCCAAUGCGGUUUUGAAUUAAUCCUUGCGAUAGUCCAAAGCUUUGUGUAUUCAAUAGAAUAAGAGGCUGUCCGGUAACAAUUCUUAUAAUAUAUCUAUAUUCUUUAUUGUUUGAUACCUUUGGGUAUGUAAGUGAAUUGAAUGCGGUUUGCUAUCCCCUCUAAGCAGGUCUUUGACGUUAGCAUUCACGUAUUCAUAUGGUCGACUCUCGUACCGUGGGAAAAUUUCAAAGUCUUUUGUUUGGCCCUACAGCAAACCAGCGUGCUUCAAGGAUCAUGCUGUAUACCUAUAGAACCCAAACAAAAGUCCCUUGAAACUACCUGUAGUGUUUUCAUCAUUUAAACACACGUUCGCUCUUUGAAACUGAUUCAACACAAACCCAAAUGCAUGACUCGCCUUAGGCAAGAAAACAGUACCGCUUGACUAAGUUACAACGAAUCAUUUUAAGCUUUUCUCGACCAAUGUCAAGGCAGGUUUACUAUGAAAGGACAACAUAAGCCCUUAAUAACUUAUAAACAAUAGCCUUCCUCUGGUCUUCUUUUGUUCGGUGAUAUGUUCUUUAUAAUAAGGCACAAGACGUUUGUAUUAUUGACCAAUUACAASACGAGAAUUUCAAAGUGUCGCGCGCCAUUUUUCCAARUGACACAUUUAUUAAUUGCUGGUUCGUGCGCACAUGGACUUCAGACCAAUCAAAAUACGGUGAUUUUAAGCUAAUAGUUACUUUAAAUACUUCAAAGACUAGCUAAGGUGAUUGUAAUGAAGAAACCACUUAUCUAUACGCUUUAUUAGACUUAAAAAAACUUCACCUCCUGUAGUUUCUCAACUGAGAUCGUAUGUCUACCUUUGCUUCAAAACAAUAAUGGAGAAAAGACGGAAGACUACAACAGGAAAUUGCUUCGAAGACCAUGUGUCYAAGGAGUCAAAGCGUAAGAAAAYGAAGCCAAUUACAGAGAAACUUCGUCGAGAAAGAAUCAAUAAUAGYCUCGAAGAACUGAAACAUCUCAUCCUUAGCGCCAUGGAUGAAGACGUGUCUCAUUACGCCAAAAUGGAAAAGGCUGAUAUACUAGAAAUGACGGUCAAGUACAUUAAGAGUUUGCAGAAAUCCAGCCAUCAAGGAAAAAGUCAUGCCCAAGAUGAAUCAACUCAAGAAUCGAACUCAAAYAGAACGGAUACCUCUCACAUGGAUGACCUUCAUGGACAASCUAAAACCACCUCGCUUAACCUCGUCUUGCCCGCAAUAUCAGAACCAGCGGAUUUUCAAAGUGUUACCAUGGAAACGUCUCCAGUAAAUAAYAGGGUUACCAUGGAUACUGCAAAUGYURCAAAUAMACCAGUGUUGUCAUCGUCAAGCAGUGAACUUYUGGCUAACGAUAAAAAUAUGAACGUGAUUGCAGGAAUGGGAUUUUCACCGAUAGGCAAAAAASGGAACUAUCUGCAGUGUGACCRAAAUGACAGCAGAAAGGCACUUCUUUCAGUAAGGGAGCAAAAUGCAAUGAACUCUGGAUAUCGAAAASAAUACUUAUCACCCAAUAAAGUUGUCACUAACCACACCCAAAAWGUUAGACUUCCUGGGAUGGAGUGCUUUAUCAAAAACAAUUUUAAACGCGACGUCGUUUUCAGAGAAACAGACAAAGAAAAUGCYACCGACUUUGAUUUCGACCACCAGUACUUUGCAGGCUGGCAGAUGUCACCUGACGAUAGCCAGUACUCGCUUGCAGUGUGGAGGCCUUGGGGAAAAUAGUUCGGAGCCUAUGUGAUACGGACGACGAUCGAGUACCAUUUAAUUUAUAUAAAGCAGUAAUCUUGAAUUGUAUCAUUAGUAUCGCUUCAGUAAUACACUAUUGGAUUUACACAUCAGUGACAUAUUAAUAAAAAACGUUUGAGAUCUGUAAUACAAGGCAUAAAAUAUAAACAUUUUUAAAGC